AGAAAGAGAGAGGGGGAAGGAAAAGGAGAAAGAGAGAAAAACAAAAGAGGAGGAGGGUAAGAGGGCAAACCUUUCAUGGGGAUGAACCAUUAAACCACUUGUUUUCUUCAGGAGUUUCGUACCCCUCCUCCCUAAUCGUUACUCUGAGAGGGACAGACUCUGUCAGAAUCAGUUUGCUUCUGGUAGCAAUUCGUUUGUGUAAACUGCUGUCUGCUGAGUUCGGUAGGAGGUCCAGAUCCUCUACGUCUCGUUCCCCAUCGUCUGCAGACCUGGGCAAAACCCUUCUCCGGUGUCACCCCCCUCCCCUCUCUGUGCGUCAGGGGGAACCUGCUCGCUCGGGACUUCUGGCCUCUCUCCGGAUGGGAGUUUGGGGGAAAUCGGGCCCUUCGGCCCCCCUCCUGUUCCUGGUUCUCUUCUCCGCCCAGACGGCGUGCUUCAAGUGGGAGAGGACUCCUCCGCGGAGACCAGAGCGACCAAGCCCCCCACAGGAGGUACAGUUGGAAGCCCUGAACUGUACAGCUUUCAGAGUCCAAUGGAGAACACCACGCCGGCCCAGCGGCAUCACCAGUUACACGGUACUUUACACAGAGAUGAAGAGUAACAGACCUGUCCUGCCCAAGAUAGCUCAGGAUCUACUACUCAACCAGGAUCAUCACAACAUGGAUCGAAUGAGAAGUCCACAAAUCUAUGGGAUGGUUGUUGGGAGCCUGAAUCCGGGGACUAGGUACCGUGUGACAGUGAAAGCGCGUAGCAGGACAGGGGAUGGGAGGCCGAGCCCCACAAAGGAUGUGACAACUGUCUCUCUAGACCAGUGCUCACCGCCAGAUGCCCCGUCUAGACCCGAGGCUGCAGCCGUGUCCGACUCGGAGGUGGCGUUGUCAUGGAAACCAGGGCCAAGGGUAGGGAGUUCGCCGCUGCAGUAUUACACAGUGGCGUAUACCCGGUCUGAACUCAAUGACAGCUGGAGACAGAUAGGGGAAAAAAUCCACUCGGAAUCACUGGUGAUCAAAGGGUUGGAGGCGGACACACAGUACCGGUUUGUAGUCCGAGCUGUCAAUGCUCAUGGCCCGAGCUUACACAGCGAACCCAGCAAUGCUGUCAAGACGCUUGCUGAGUGGAUGCUUUCUACAGAGCGGGCUUUCCGUUACGAUGUGGACUCUGGGUACAGGUUUGCAGGUGGGGAGGAGCUGGGCAGCGGCCGUUAUGGGCACCGUUACACCGUGGACAGUGGGAUUGGUGACGAUGUCGGAUUCACGAUCGAUGAUUCGGACUUUGACAUUUACAUCGAGGAGCUUCCCUCGCCCCACGUCCUCGAGGGGAGGAGCAGGAAAUUCCGGAUUGGGACCCGCCACCGACCGGUUCCCGCCGCCGCCCCGGGGAGACCGACUGCCGUCCAGGCGCCCACCGUCCAGCGGCCCACCCCCUCCGCUCGCCCCCAUCUGGCGGCUGGGCGUGUCCUGGACCUCCCAUGCGAAGAGGUGAGCUGCCCGGGUGACAGCUUCUGUACCAGUGACUACGAGAGCGGAGGGUCCAGGUGUCACUGCAACUUGGGAAAGACCGGCGAGAGGUGCCGCAGAGAUAUCUCCAUUCAAUACCCAAAGUUCUACGGCUACUCCUACCUGACCUUUGAACCUCUCAAGAAUUCCUACCAGAAAUUUCAGAUAACCAUUGAGUUCAAGGCAGAUGUGGAGGACGGUUUGCUGUUGUACUGCGGAGAGACUGAGAAUGGCCAUGGAGACUUCCUGUCACUCGCCAUCAUCCGCCGACGUCUCCAGUUCAGGUUUAACUGUGGCACCGGGGCUGCUGUCCUCAUCAGUGAGAGCAGGGUACAGGCAGGGCAUUGGCACACAGUCACCAUUAACAGGCAUGGCAUCAAUGGAUGGUUGCGGCUGGACAAUGACACCCCAGUCACAGGCAAAUCCAAGGGUCGCUACACCAAGAUCACCUUCCGUUCGCCACUGUACCUUGGCGGGGCGCCCAGUGCCUAUUGGCUGGUCAAGGUGGCAGGGACCAAUCGGGGAUUCCGAGGGUGCGUGCAGUCUCUGGUCAUUAACGGCAGACAGGUCAACAUGAGAGCCUGGCCGGUAGGCCGAGCAGUCAGUGGGGCUGAUGUAGGAGAGUGCAGUACCGAAUUGUGCAGCAAGGUCUCCUGUGUCAAUGGUGGAGCCUGUGUCCCCCACAAAGCUGAUUCCUACCUGUGUCUGUGUCCCAGGGGGUUCCGAGGCUUACACUGUGAGGAAGAGUUCACGCUGGUCGUCCCACAGUUCAAUGCUUCAUUGAUGUCCUAUGCUGGCCUGCCCUGGCCCAUGGAACCCCAGUAUUAUCUCUCCUUCAUGGAGUUCCAGAUUACCUUUCGUCCCGAGACUAGCAGUGGGGUCGUCCUCUAUAGUUACGACACAUCCAGCAAGGAUUUCAUCUCCCUCAACCUGGUGGACAGGCACAUGGAGUUCCGAUUUGACUGCGGCUCAGGGACCGCUACCAUCAGGAGUAAGGAGCCUAUUGCCUUGAACCAUUGGCACGAGGUGAAGGUGUCUCGUACGGCCAAGAACGGCAUCCUGCAGGUAGACGACCAACAGCCUGUGGAGGGGAUGGCGGAGGGAGCUUUCACACAGAUUAAGUGUAACACCGAUAUAUUCUUUGGAGGAAUCCCUGACUACGACAACAUAAGGAAGAACUCUGAGGUGUUGCAGCCUUUCACAGGAAGCAUCCAGAAUAUAAUCCUGAACGACCGGACCGUCCAGCUCCAGCAGGACUUCAGCACGAGCGUGAACGUAGAGAAUGCAGCCCACCCAUGUGUCGACAACCCCUGUGUCAACGGAGGCAACUGCCACCCUCAUCACGAUGCCUUCGAGUGCGAUUGCCCGCUGGGCUUUGAUGGGCCGCGGUGUCAGAAAGCUAUAACAGAAGCCAUUGAAAUCCCGCAGUUCAUUGGCCGCAGUUACCUCACCUACGACCAUCCAAACUUUCUUAAGCGAGUCUCAGGAACCAGAUCCAACAUCUUCAUGAGGUUUAAGACAACAGUUGAUGAUGGGUUGUUGCUAUGGAGAGGAGACAGUACAAUGAGGCUUAACAGUGACUUCAUCUCACUCGGUCUCCAGGAUGGUGCCUUGGUGUUCAGUUAUAACCUUGGCAGUGGCACUGUUGACAUCAUGGUGAAUGGAUCAUUUCAUGAUGACCGGUGGCAUCGGGUGAAGGCAGUUCGGGAUGGACAGUCGGGAAAGCUAACAGUCGACGAUUAUGGAGCUAAAACCGGGAAGUCCCCAGGAAUGAUGCGUCAACUGAACUUCAAUGGACCUCUGUAUGUCGGAGGGAUGAAGGAGAUCGCUCUACACACCAACCGACAGUACAUGAGGGGCUUCGUGGGCUGCAUCUCGCAUUUCACUCUCUCGACUGAUUACCACAUCUCACUGGUGGAGGACGCCGCAGACGGGAAGAACAUCAACACGUGUGGAGCCAAAUAACUCCCUCCGGCCGGGAAGCAUUGGGAGAUGGGGGGUGGGA